AGCUAGCCGGCGCCGCCCCCUCCUCCCGAUGCGCCGCCGUCCAUACCCACAUCUCCCCAGCGCCUCCCUCCCCUGUACACCAUGAUCCAGCCGCGGCGGAGGCGAAUCAGCAGGGGAGCGAACUCGUGCUCCUACCCAGCUCAACCAAUCGAUUUCUUUCGGGGACUUCGACGCCGAUGGCCCGACCGGCGGCGGCUGCUGCUUUCGACGCGUUCAGGCGUCUCAAGCUUUCCUCUGACGGACGGCCGGACCAGUUCGACCUCGCGGCCGUCCUGUCCGCGUGCGCGAGGCUGGGCGCUCUGGCCUCCGGCACGCAGGUGCAUUGCGACGCGGUGAAGAGGGGGUUCUCCUCAGCCGCAUUCUGCGCGGCGGCGCUGGUGAACAUGUACGCCAGGUGCGCCCGCUUGGGGGACGCCCGCAUGGUGUUCGGCGGAAUCGCUUGCCCGGACGCGGUAUGCUGGACGAGCAUCAUCUCUGGGUACCACCGAGCUGGGAGAUACCAGGAAGCGCUGUCUCUCUUCUCGAGGAUGGUCAAGAUGGGAUCUUCACCGGACCAGGUCACCUGUGUCACAGUCAUUUCCACUCUUGCGAGCUUGCGGAGGCUGGAAGAUGCUACGACAUUGCUCAAGAGGAUGCCGGUGCCAAGCUCGGUUGCUUGGAAUGCUGUCAUCUCCGGUUACGCGCAGCAGAGUGGGAGCCAACAUGCGGUGUUUGGCCUGUAUAAGGAUAUGAGGAGCCAGGGAUUAUGGCCCUCUAGAUCAACUUUUGCGAGCAUGCUCAGCGCAGCAGCCAAUGUGGCGGCUUUCGUCGAAGGCCGACAGUUACAUGCGGCAGCGGUAAGGCAUGGCUUGGAUGCAAAUGUUUUUGUCGGAAGCUCUCUGAUCAACCUUUAUGCGAAAUGCGGCUGCAUCGGUGAGGCGAUGCGCGUGUUUGACUUCUCCACUGAAAAGAACAUUGUCAUGUGGAAUACGAUGCUUAAUGGGCUUGUUCGAAAUGAUCUUCAGGAAGAGGCCAUCCAAAUGUUUCGGUGUAUGUUUAGGCUUGGCCUUGAGGCUGAUGAGUUUACAUUCGUCAGCGUACUUGGUGCGUGCGCCUACAUGGGUUCCCAUUGCUUAGGAAGACAGUUGCACUCUGUGACAAUCAAGAAUUGCAUGGACGCAAGGUUAUUUGUUGCUAAUGCAACAUUAGAUAUGCACUCGAAAUUUGGAGCCAUAGAUGAUGCGAAAACAGUAUUCAAUCUGAUUGCUUACAAGGACAGCGUAUCUUGGAAUGCCCUUAUUGUUGGACUUGCACAUAAUGAAGAGGAGGAAGAAGCAAUCCGUAUGCUCAAACAGAUGAAUCUGGAUGGUGUAACACCAGAUGAGGUUUCUCUUUCUACUGUAAUUAAGGCAUGUUCCAGUAUUGGAGCUAUUGAGACUGGGAAGCAAAUCCAUUGUCUUGCUGUGAAGUAUAAUAUCUGCUCAAAUGACGCGUUUGGUAGCUCUCUGAUUGAUUUGUAUUCAAAACAUGGAGAUAUGGAUUCUUCUAAGAAUGUUUUGGCACAGGUAGGUGCAAGCAGCAUAGUCCCAAUCAAUGCUCUAAUCGCAGGUCUUCUGCAGAACAGUAGAGAAGAUGAAGCUAUACAGUUGUUUCAGCAGGUUCUUAGAGAUGGUUUAAAGCCCUCCAGCUUUACAUAUUCAAGCAUUCUUUCUGGCUGUACUGGACUUCUCAGUUCAAUUGUUGGGAAACAACUGCACUGUUACACAUUGAAAUCUGGUUUUUUGAAUGAUGAUACUUCUCUUGGUGUUUCGCUGGUUGGGAUGUAUUUGAAGUUCAAAAUGCCUGACGAUGCCAACAAACUCUUGAUAGAGAUGCCAGAUCUCAAAAACCUGCUCGAGUGGACAACUAUCAUUUCAGGUUAUGCUCAAAAUGGUUACAGUUAUCAAUCGUUGCUGUCAUUUUGGAGAAUGCGCAGUUAUGAUGUUUAUUCAGAUGAGGCCACAUUUGCAAGUAUUCUAAAAGCUUGUUCUGAGAUGACAGCUCUUAGUGAUGGGAAAGAGAUACAUGGCCUCAUCAUUAAAUCUGGAUUUAGUUCUUAUGAAACUGCAACUAGUGCUCUCAUAGACAUGUACUCCAAGUGUGGGGAUAUCAUUUCAUCCUUUGAAGUCUUCAAACAAUUGAAAAACAAGCAACGUGUCACGUUGUGGAACUCCAUGAUUGUUGGGUUUGCAAAAAAUGGUUAUGCUGAGGAGUCACUUCUGCUUUUUCAGAAGAUGCAGGAGUCACAAAUAAAGCCUGAUGAAAUUACAUUCCUUGGUGUCCUAAUUGCUUGUGCUCAUGCUGGCUUAAUUUCUCAGGGCCGGCAUUACUUUGAUUCUAUGAGCAAAGUCUAUGGAUUAAUGCCUAGAAUAGAUCAUUACACGUGUUUCAUUGAUCUCCUCGGACGAGGUGGUCUUCUUCAUGAGGUUCAAGAAGUUAUAAACCAGUUGCCCUUCAGACCUGAUGGCGUGAUCUGGGCGACAUACCUUGCAGCAUGCCGAAUGCACAAAGAUGAAGAACGGGGGAAAAUUGCAGCAAACAAACUUGUUGAGUUGGAGCCACAAAACUCAUCUACAUAUGUGUUGCUAUCAAACUUGCAUGCUGCAGCUGGUAACUGGAGUGAAGCUAAGAUAGCCAGAGAAGCAAUGCAAGAAAAGGGAGUGACAAAAUUUCCGGGAUGUAGUUGGAUAACAGUAGGAAACAAAACAAGCUUAUUUCUUGUACAGGACAAGAAACACCCCGACUCUCUAAGCAUCUAUGAAAAGCUUGAUGAUCUUACUGGAUUGAUGAAGAAAGAUGCUGAUGUUGAGGAUUAUGAUAUGCUUAUUUCAGCUGGAAUGUUUGCUUGAGGAGUGAAGACAUUUUUGAACUAAAAUGCUCUGCUUAUGAACUGAGGACCUGUCGACCUGAUGUCAUAUUCUGGCUCAUCCAGGACUUUAGGUAGACGCUCUGUUACUGAGCAUUACUGCAUCAGCACAUCAUCAAGGACUAUUGAUUUCAUUUUGUUCAAGGGUGUUUAGUUAUGUGUGAUCCAACUCGCCUGUACAGCGGUUCCCGGUUGUCGGUUACCAUGGAACAGCCAAAGAAAGAGAACCAAGGAAUUCUCCAUCGCAUUUUUCCAGUCUGUUUUCCCACCGCUUUGACUAGGUCCUUCUCUUUCUUCCUCCGCGGCUAGGUUUUCUUCGAGGAAUGGAUUCGUUUCCAGAUAUGGGGACCCAAAAUUUGGGCGAGUUCGUCGUCUCAGGAGGUCCUUUAUUGGAGAUCCAUGGGCCCCCUUGAUUUUCUCAGGUUCUUGAAAGCUAGAUGCCUCUUUGACCUGUCUUUGCGUUAUAAUUCUGCCUGAAUUUCGUCAAUUUUGCUUCAAUGCGUGCGUGGUUGACCUCAAGUGCCUCUGUUCUUGAUCCGCUCCAUGGGUAUCCAUCAUGGAUGCAUAUGAAUCCUGAGCCCGACGCGAAGUGGGAGACGUGCCUACCCUCCGGCAUAGUUUUAAAAACCGGACCGGUAGCCGAACUGGCGAGGCUAUCGGUUUAGGUUUUUACCGGUCAGACCAUUGGUUCAUCAGUUCAUUGUCUGGUUUUUUAAGAUGCAGAGUAGUAUAUUUUUAUUUAUAAAUAUUGCAGUAAGUAAAUAAUCAUGUAUGCAAAUAUAUUUUGGACUUGCAAUUUGGCAUAAUAAUCCACAAAGUAGUAAACAACUGACAAACUUUGCCAUGUCUAAGACAGCCAAGCACCUAGCACACACGCUCAUAUAUUUCAUUUUUUCGCAUUCAGCAAAAGCUGAAAGGCAGCAAAUCCAGCGUAUAGUAAGUAGUAACAUUGUAACACGCACGGAUGCCAUGCAGCGGAAAAGAUCAAAGCCCCUAUCGUGUGAGCUGCAUAUAAAAGACACGUUUGUCUUCUUCAAUCGUCAAACAAUCAUAGCGCAAUUGGUUCUGGCAGUGUUUAGGUCAAUUGGAGGUUGCAUGAUCGAUUCCCCACCUUGGGCAAUUAAUUUUUCUUGCAAAGAAAUGCUUCCACCGGGUUGGACCGGUGGUUCAAUAGUCCCGGUUUCUUUCAAAAACCGCCGGUUGAGCCGCGGUUCGUCCGGUUUUCACCGGGUCAGGUGCGCGAGCGGUCUACUGCGCCUAAAAGACCAAUGGAGGCCCUGCUUCUGGUUUUUUCCGGUUCAACCGGCGGUCCGGUCCGGUUUUUAAAACUAUGCCCUCCGGCGAAGGUGAUGUUGCCCCGUCCCGCUUCCGGGCUUCGGCAUCAAGCUCACCUGGUUGUGCUCACCCACAACGCCAUGGAAGAAUAUCUCCGCGCCCAAUGUUUUCUUUGUCGGUCGCGCUGUCGUGGCUUCCUCAGUAGAGGUAGAGGGGGUGGCUGACAUUGGCUGCGCCGGCAGCAAAUUGGAGAAAAAGGUUUCAUCUUCGUCCAGUGGGCUCCCGCUCUCGGGCAUGUCGAGGUAGGUCCCUGGAUACAGCGGGAGGUUCAGGACUUCCGUCUCGCGGGACAACACUGGACGGCCGGCGCGCUGUAAGUGUGGAGAACACCUUUGAGAGGUGACCGCCAAUGUCAGCAGGGCUGUUGAACAAUCUCGAGAAGCAGAGAGAAUCACGCGUCAAGUUUUCUUCAGUGGAGUAGAUGCAAGUUUGCUAUCUGUCGGAAGACACCAGUGUGAGCCUUUAUAUAAAUCGUUGGUGUGCAAGGUCUUCUGUUGCACGCUGAGAUCGGUAGUCGGGAUACAACGGCAGGUUGUCGUUGACUAAGGCUGGAAGGUCUGCUGUUGCGCGUCGAGAUCGGCAGUCGGGCUACAGCGUUAGGUAGUCGUCGACUACGGCCUGGAGGAUGAUGUGCUGCCUCCUCUAGAAUACCGCUUCAGAAGGAUGGUAGAGAACGAUGAGGAGAUAUGGAGGAUCAAACUUACACCUAAAGCCAGGAGGUCCAUAUAGAGAUAUGUUGUUAACGGUGGAGGUGGAUCAUGGCUGAUAACCCAUGCCUCAUGGUCUCCAAGUGGCAAUGGCUGCUGCAUAGAUGAACGGAAAUCUGAAGAAGUGAAGAUUGACAGAGCCAGAAAAAAAUAAUUUAUACUUUCUGAUGUACCAGUAGCAUCAUGAAGCAGCACACAAACCCCGGCAGACCCAGAAAAAUUCUGCAGUACUCUCUCUGCAAGAAAUGCCAAAUGCACAGAAGAUAGCAAAGAUUGAGGAGCCGCGCCGGCCAGAGAUAUCAUGGAGACUACAGCCUUGGAUGUAGAAGUAAAUGAAGAUUACAGGGAUGUCAGCUGCACAAUUGGAAAAAAGAAGAGGAAGGCCAAGGCAUCAGCCGGCCAGAGAUAUCAUGGAGACAGCAGGCUCAGAUGUAGAAGGCUUGCUCCAAUCCUGGCUCCACCACUGUGCAUCACCAUCAUCAGCCCUGGGCUACAAGGCGCAUCAUCAUCCCCAAUAUCGGGCGAUCCAUGCCUGGUCACAUCGGG